UGCACGACGAUCUCCAGACGUAUAUCAAGUCAUGGCCAAGCACCACUGCCCAAAGCUUAACCUGCCACCGCAAGCGUUUUUUCCCUCCCGUCACACCCAAGCCAGUCAGUAUGGCCGUCAAGCGCGUCGUGGCCGUCCUGGCACUUGCCACUAGCUUCCUCGCCACGUCAAUACUUGGUGAAGAGCAAGCAAAGUGUGGCCAAGCGAGCUACUACCCAUCCGAGUACGCCUGCUACGACAAUAAGACACUCUGCCCGAUUACGUUCAGCUUGCCGACCAAGCCCUGCGGUGGGGGCUGCUACUCGCCAGAGCAGUACUCAUGUGAAGACGAAACGAUCAAGGAUCUGCCUGAAGCGACGAGCCCCUUCACCCUUACGUUUUCAGGCGUGCGCAAGACUUUCCAGAACCUGAACGUCAAGGCCUGCGGGAGAUACCUUGCUGUGGGUGCCAAGGCUAGAGAGUGCCAUGCUUGCACUGCGGCCGGUGGCACAAACUGCGGGACCUACCAGAACUCGACGGUGCUGCUUCCUGGUGGGCAAAUGGCUUCCGACGUUCCCGGCCACCAGUACUGGUACAUCAACCCAACCGACGGUAUCCUACGAUAUACCGAAGCUCUCGCCGGUAACGCUUCGCUCUGGAACGCCACUAUCCCUGGGAAGGAGUUCGCCGGUCAAAACGUCAAGGUCUACGAGAACGGACUGUUCACAUGGACCCGAGAGGAUGCCACGACACACUGGUGGAUGGCUUGCUUGGUUACGCUGCCUGGUGGUGCUGUUGGAACUGCCAGGUCGUGGCGCAUCUAUGCUCCCACUUACGUCAACAUGGAGAGAGGAGACUGCGAGCUUGGGAGGAUUUUCUCCAAGGCGGUGGAUAGGAAGGCGGGGGUGUACAAGUACCCAUGAUACAAUAGCCAUUAGGAAAGUUCCACCAGGACGGAGGAACAGCACUGGGACUGGUGAACAUUGAAGCGCCUUUUGCUCAUUGGCAAGUAUGAGGUUGUCUGUUCGGAUGUAUAUAUGGCAAGACUUACUUUGUGCAUAGAUAGAAAAAGAGAGAUACAACAUCAGACGGUCAUAGUUCGCCA